GUAGCUUCUAAUUAAUCAAUCUAAUCCAUUUCUCCAUUUUGUUUAAAUCUCCGGUUAAUGUCUAUACCUUUCUCUCAAGUCUAAACACUCUCGUUUUCUUUUCUUUUCUUUUCUCUCUCUUUUGCUCUCAAUGCAGAGAACCAAACAAGAUCGAUCUUUUCAUUUCGAUCUCUCUUUAUAAAAAAAGAAGAAAAACCCAUUUUUUAAAAUUUUCUCAAAGCCUUUGGAAAAUGCGGGCUUUGAGUUUGCUUAUCUUGGGAUUUUUAGCAGUUUUGUCGGUGGUUUGCUCUGCCAUUAUCCCUCUGGAGAGAGCUUUUCCUUUGAACAAACGAGUUGAGUUGAGCCAACUCGUAGCUCGAGACCAACUCAGACACUCCCGAAUGUUGCAGGGUUUCGUUGGUGGGGUCGUCGACUUCUCUGUUCAAGGUUCCUCCGAUCCCUACCUCGUCGGACUUUACUUUACAAAGGUGAAACUCGGGUCUCCUCCUAGAGAAUUCAAUGUGCAGAUAGACACUGGAAGUGACAUUUUAUGGGUCACCUGCACUUCUUGCACAGAUUGUCCCCAAUCCAGUGGACUCGGAAUUCAGCUCAGCUUAUUUGACACUGCAAGUUCAUCAUCUGCUAGGCUGGUUUCUUGUUCAGAUCCAAUGUGUUCUUCAGAAUUUCAAAGUACUGCAACUCAGUGCUCUCAGAGCAAUCAGUGCAGUUACACCUUCCAGUAUGGAGAUGGAAGUGGGACAUCAGGUUAUUAUGUAUCUGAUAUGUUGUAUUUUGAUGCAGUUUUGGGACAGUCUUGGAUUGCGAACUCUUCAGCUCUCAUUGUGUUUGGGUGCAGCACAUAUCAGUCUGGCGACUUAACUAAGACAGAUAAAGCAGUGGAUGGGAUAUUUGGCUUUGGCCGAGGUGAUCUGUCUGUUAUAUCACAAUUGUCAUCACGGGGUAUAACACCUAGAGUUUUCUCACAUUGUUUGAAAGGAGAUGGCAAUGGAGGGGGUAUAAUGGUUCUUGGUGAGAUUUUGGAGCCCAACAUUGUUUAUAGUCCACUUGUCACAUCACAGCCCCAUUAUAAUUUAAUUCUACAGAGCAUUGCUGUCAAUGGACAGUUGCUGCCAAUUGAUCCAGCAGUUUUCACAACAUCAAGUAAUCGUGGUACUAUUGUUGACUCUGGAACAACUUUGGCAUACCUUGUGCAAGAGGCAUAUGAUCCAUUUGUUAGUGCUAUAACUGCUGCUGUUUCACCAUCUGUGACUCCCACCAUUUCUAAAGGAAACCCGUGUUAUCUAGUCCCCACCAGUGUAAAUGAGAUAUUUCCCCUGGUUAGUCUAAAUUUUGCUGCUGGUGCAUCAAUGAUGUUAAAACCAGAAGAGUAUCUUAUACGCUCCGGUUUCUAUAAUGGUGCUACAAUGUGGUGCAUCGGUUUCCAAAAGGUUCAGACUGGAAUAACAAUUUUAGGAGAUCUUGUCCUAAAAGAUAAGAUAUUUGUUUAUGAUCUUGCUCGUCAACGAAUUGGAUGGGCUAAUUAUGAUUGUUCAUUAUCUGUAAAUGUCUCCAUUACUUCCAGUAAGGACUUCAUAAAUGAAGGACAGGUGAGUGUAAGUAACUCAACAAGAGAGAUGCUAUUGAAGCUUAUACCCUUGAGUUUUAUAACUCUACUAAUACAACUCUUGGAGUUUGUGGAAUUCCAGUUUUUGUAAUUUAAACCUCAAGUCCGCAAAAUUCAUUCUUUCCUUGUUCAAUAUAUAGACGAUUAUCCAAUCUUUAUUCAUGGUGAUCGGCAAGGCAUUUGCACUUUUUAGUUUUUACUCAGAUAGCAACACCUUAAGAUUCUUCUCUGGUUUGGAUUGCUUGCGAAUGGCGCGAUAUGAGUCUUUCUCUUCUUCAUAUGGAUAACUUGGCCUUCUCCUUGUAAAGGAUCCUCCAUGUCCAACAUUGCUAGAACUGUAUAUUAUCUAUCUCUACCAGAUUCAAGUUGUUUUAAGGAUGAACUAUGUCUCCAUUGGAAGCAGAACAAGGGUACUCAUUUUCCUUUUUCCGGUCACUACUUGGUUUGAUUUAGUUAGAGAUGUAGAAAUGGCAUAUUGUGUCCAGGUUACAAGUCAAUUUUGUAAAACAUCAUUGUUUGUUUAGUAAUAUAUAAGCGUUCAUACUUUUUCGUUCUUUCCUUUUCCUUGUGUUUUAGGCUUAAAGUAUUAUAAUAAAAUAAUUUUUAAUUAGU